ACAACAACAAUAAUAAUAAUAAUAAUAAUAAACCAUUGUUGAUCCUCCUAACAAUUUUGUCCAACAUUGUUUCUCUUAAUCUUAUAUCCAAUCAUUAAUGAAAUAAGCAGUCAACACCCCCACCAAUAUUAUGCGAUUGAUCAGCAAACUGUUCCAUGAAACAUCUUCAAUCUUAUUUAGUGCAUAAAUCAAUCUCCCCUAAAGUAGUAUAUGUAACCCUCUUUUGCCUUUGCCCUUUGUUUCUGAAAGAGAAAAUACCUUUUACACAAUGUCAAACUUGUUAGGGUCCGUAAAGUAAGAAGUUGGUAACUGAUUACCUUUUUGUCAGAGAAGAAAUUAAAAUGUCCAACACACAAACAGACGUCCCAAAAACAUACUAAUUAUAUUUAAAAAAGAAACUAAACUGUGAUAGGUGUCAUGUGUGUGAUCCAAUAUUAUAAAACAUUCUAAAAGAUUUUCCUAGGAAAUCUUAGUUAGCCUCUUUUCUUUCCAUGUUCCUCCAGGUUCUUGCCUUCUAUCAUUUUAAGUAUUGCAAGAAACCGUCUGUCCCUCAAAACUCAAGAGAACAAUGGCAAGGGAUGUUCUUGCACUCUCCAUGAUAUUGGGUUUGGCAAGUUUGCUCAUAAUUCAUGUUUCUAGCGAUAAUUCACGGCUGGCUCAGUUUUCUGCGGCUCGUAAUUACCAUGAGCAAAUGCGCCAAUUGCAAGCGUUUAAGGCUUCUCUUCUAAUUGGUUCAUCAGUCUCCCUCUCUCCGUCCUCUGCUCCGCCACUACAGGCAGAACCCGCUCCACGUGUGUAUCGCGUAACAAAAUACGGAGCCGAUCCAACAGGAAAAUCAGACAGCACAGAAGCACUAAACAAGGCAAUAGCGGAUGCAUUUCAAGGUCCAAGUGAAGGGUUCUUGAUGGAAGGGAUCACUAAUCUUGGAGGGCCACAAAUUAACCUUGAAGGUGGAAAUUACCUCAUCAGUAAACCACUAAGGCUACCGGCUGUUUUUGCAGGGAAUCUUAUGAUCCAUGGAGGGACAUUGCGAGCCUCAGAUAAUUUUCCAGCUGAUGGGUAUCUUAUUGAUUUAUCGGCAUCAUCGGCUAUCAGUCAAUAUGGCGAGGAAGGAAGCGCCUUGAAUUCACAGCUUUCUUCAUUAUCAUCCUAUAACUACGAGUACAUAACCCUCAAAGACCUGAUGUUGGAUUCUAAUUAUAGAGGUGGAGGCAUUUCAGUUGUAAACUCACUGAGGACUAGCAUUGACAACUGCUACAUUGCCCAUUUCACCACCAACGGAAUUUUAAUCCAAGGUGGGCACGAGACCUAUAUCAGGAAUUCUUUCCUGGGCCAGCAUAUCACCGCCGGUGGUGAUGAAGGCGAAAGGAACUUUACUGGCACUGCCAUUAACCUAAUGGGCAACGAUAAUGCUGUCACAGAUGUGGUGAUUUUUUCAGCUGCCAUAGGAAUAAUGGUUUCAGGUCAAGCCAACUCCUUUUCUGGGGUGCAUUGUUACAACAAAGCAACAGGUUUUGGUGGCACGGGGAUUUAUUUGAAGCUGCCUGGUCUGACACAAACCCGGAUAGUGAAUUCUUACAUGGAUUACACUGGUAUUGUGGCUGAAGACCCGGUGCAACUUCAUAUCUCUAGCAGUUUUUUCCUUGGUGAUGCAUUCGUUCUCUUGAAAUCAAUAAAUGGGGUAGCAAAUGGAGUGAAUAUAGUGGAUAACAUGUUCAGUGGCUCCAAUAAUGGGGUUGAAAUUGUGCAACUAGACCAAUCAAAGGGGCCUUUCAAAGAAAUUGAUCAGGUUGUAGUUGAUAGGAAUAAUGUUAAUGGGAUGAACAUUAAAGCAACAGUUGCAAGAGGGGCUGUUCAAGGGAAUGGGAACUCGUGGACAAUUGAUUUUAAUCCCGUUCUUUUAUUUCCUGACCGGAUAAAGCAUGUGCAAUAUUCAGUAAGCACAGACGGCAGCUCAUUUCCUAGCCAUGCCCUGUGUAAUUUGUCUGAAAAUCGUGUUGUGAUCGAGUCAGACGUCGCUGUAUCGGCAAAUGUCUUCGUUACAGUGGAUCAGGCUUAAGCAGCUGACGUUAUUUAUUCUUAUUAUUAUAAUUUUUUUUGGUCGAGAUUUAUCUUACUUGACAAUUGUGAAUAUGGGGAAACGAGGCUAACUUUUUCGAUACUAUGUUUCUGUUGGAAUCCAUAUUUCAAUUUACAAAAUUCAGUGUAAUUGUUGAAAAAAAAAAAACUACUGCUGAUUAAUUUAAUAAAUAAGA